UGUGGGCUGAUAUAUUGGCUGCGUACACAAUGUGGGUGACGCAAAAAUAUUUAACAGAUGUAUGGAAACUGAGUUUUACUCAUGCUGCUGGAAUUUUGAACAUUUAUUGGGGACUUGCUCUUAUAUUGCCGGUCGGGUUUAUUUUCCUCGUUGAUGCCUUUUUGGGAAAUUACAAAAUGCUUGUGCUUUCCAGUUUAACAUACAGCGUGGGUAUGGGCCUUCUUACCAUGUCUACGCCGCCAGUUCUUGCCAGUUCCACGGGCACCUGCAAAAACUAUAAGCCAAAAUGUAUUGGUAGCACACAAAAAUUUUUGUUCUAUACGGCCUUGGUAUUGGUAGCUAUAGGAGCAUCUGGUCACCUCGUUUCUCUAAAAACUUUCCUUGAAGAACAGGAAAAGAACCCUAAUGGCGAUAAGAGACAAAAAGAUCCGCUUCAGUUGCCAGGCUUGUUUAUGGUGGCCUUUGUUCCAAUAAUCGGAGCUAUUGUUCUACCAUCCAUAAAACCAUGGUCACUUCGCUAUGGAAUUCCGGCAAUCUGUACUGCUGUGGCAACACUUGUAUUUUUGAGCGGUUCAUGGUCAUACUACAAGUCUAAACCGAAGGGGAGUCCAUUGACAAACGUUCGCAGAUGGAGGCUUUGCACAAUCGCAGAAGCAAAAGAAGCCAAAAUUGUUGUUCGGAUGGUUCCAAUGUGGAUGACAUUCAUAAUUUGUGGGACUGUAUCUUCAAUUGGAAACACAUACUUUCAAGAACAAGCAAAUCACAUGAAUCCAAACCUUGGAAAAUGGAAAGUUCCUGUUCCAAUCUUUCUAACGGUGGUAAACAUCUCGACAGAAGUGAUUGGCUCCUUAUAUGACUGUAUGAGUAAGGAAAGAUCGGUUUUGUUUGGAUGUCAAAUAUUUGCACCUCGUGUAGGCAUUGCAGUGGCCAUGAUAUUCUCAGUAUUGUGUUGUAUAACUGCUGCCAGAAUGGAGACGCGAAGGCUCGGUGUGAUUAGAAGCCACAAUUUAUAUGAGAAGCCUGAAGCCAAAAUCCCGAUGAGUAUGUUUUGGCUGACUUUCCAGUUUUUACUACUUGCCGGCUUGUAUUCAGUUUUACGUAAGAGUGUUGAAGCACUCUUCAGAAAUCAGGCUCCAGAAUCAAUGACCAAUUACCUUCUUCAUAUUACCAAGGGAGUAUCCGGUCUAGGAUACAUGGGCAGUGUUCUUUCGGUGUAUCUGGUUAGUAAAGUUAGUGAGAAGGGAGGUAGACAAAACUGGUUUAAAUAUACUUUGAAUAGGAGUCGUUUAGAUAGAUAUUACUGGGUUCUUGCAGCGCUGAGUUCCAUAAAUCUAAUUUUCUACAUUUUCAUUGCUUCUAGAUACAAACACAAGGAGCCAGAACCAGAAACCGAACCCGAACAAAAAAAUAAGAAAGACCCUCAAAAUGGAGAUUCUGCUUAGCCCAAUGGCCAAUGAUCUUGUUGCAUUUGUUAGGCUGUGCUAUAGAAUUAUUUUCCUAUGAGAAGUUCAUUCUUUCUAAGUGUAAUUGUUGCGUGCAUCAAGCAAUAAUAAUUCUAGAAGAUGUGUUAUUUUAAAAUAA